AUGGAGCAACAUUGCCCUGGGUGCAGCCAUCCAACAUUCGAGGUGUCAACUCUAGGCCAGCCCUUCGAGGUCGUCAAGACACACAUGGCAGCCAACCGCGCUGACAGCAUCGCCACAACGUUGAAAAAGACAUACGCUCGCGGCGGCAUUUCUGGCUUCUACCAGGGUCUGAUUCCGUGGGCGUGGAUUGAGGCGUCGACAAAGGGUGGUGUGCUGAUGUUCACCUCGUCUGAGAUUGACUACAGAGCGCGCCUGGGCGGACUUUUCGGUGGUGUCGGCGGCGGCGUUGCCCAGGCCUACACAACAAUGGGCUUCUGCACCUUUAUGAAGACCGUCGAGGUUACUCGGCACAACACCUGGAAAAUCGCGUACGACGUGUUCCAGCGCGAAGGCAUCCGCGGCCUCAAUCGCGGUGUUUCAGCCGUUGCCCUGCGCCAGAUGACCAACUGGGGUUCGCGCUUCGGUAUCGCGCGUGUCACCGAGUCUGUCUUCCGCGGCAAGGAUACCAACCGCAAGCUCACCAACACCGAGCGCCUGGCGUCGUCGGCUAUCGGCGGCGCCCUGGCCUGCUGGAAUCACCCCUCGAGGUCAUUCGCGUCGAAAUGCAAACAAUGGUCUGAUGGGUUCUACCGCGGUGUUACUCCCAGAAUCGGUCUCAGCGUCUACCUGACCGUCUGCAUGGUCUUUGGCGGUGAUAGCGUCAAGGCGUACUUUAACGAAUCUCAAAAGAAGAAGGCUGCAUCUGUCCACGCCUAA